AUGCAGCGUGUUCCACUCUCUCAAAGGAGUGGUGAGGUCAUUGAGCCAAUGCUGUCGGACCAGUGGUUUGUCUCUACAGAGGUCAUGGCACAACGCGCCCUGGACGCAGUUGAGUCUGGUGACAUCAACAUUCAACCCGAUCGCUUCGUAAAGACUUGGCAAGACUGGUUGAAGGAGAAGCAGCCUUGGUGCAUCUCCAGGCAACUCUGGUGGGGUCACCGCAUUCCAGUGUUUUAUCCGACCAAUCGUGGAAGCAGCGACAAGUACUUUGUGGCACGCUCAGCCGAGGAGGCACUGGAAGCUGCCCGGAAAGAACUGGGCGAGGACGUGGAGUUAAAGCAAGACGAGGAUGUGUUGGACACUUGGUUCUCGUCAGGACUGUGGCCCUUUGCUACCGUGGGAUGGCCAAGCGAAGACUCAGAGGACUACAAGAAAUACUAUCCAGCCACCAUGAUGGAGACCGGUUAUGAUAUUUUGUUCUUUUGGGUUGCUCGCAUGGUCAUGAUGGGGCUGACUCUAACUGACAAGGCACCCUUCAAGGAGAUCUACUUGCAUGGCCUUGUGAGAGAUGAGAAGGGCCAGAAGAUGAGCAAAACCAAAGGCAAUGUGGUGGAUCCUUUGGACUCGAUUGCCGAAUAUGGCACCGAUGCGCUCAGAUACGCAUUGCUGACGAGCAGUGUGCCAGGAAUGGAUGUGCCGAUCAGCAAGGGCAUGUUGGAGAAUGCCAAGGCUUUUGCGAACAAGAUCUGGAAUGUUGGACGCUUCAUCAUUACUGAGUACGAGAAGAAUGCUGGCGUAGUGCCAAUUGUGUGUUUCUCAGCCUCCGUGCGGUCGAGACUGAUCCGUUCGCAACAGCCUUGGCUUGAGCGUGCGCUACUCUCAAAGUGCCAAGGCCUUUGCAAGAAUGUCACAUCUGCACUGCUGGAGAACCGAUUUGCUCCUCCAACCAAGGACAUCAAAGAGUUUCUACAAGAAGACAUAGCAGCCUGGUAUGUUGAAGCUUCCAAGACAAGGCUCCAAGAACACUUGGGCCUGCUUCUUGGAAAUUCUCCAGUUGGACGAUGUGGUACAGCAAUCAGUUGCCAGCUUGUCAUGGUUUGUCAUGCCUGUUGUGUGGUGUGA